GUAAGUCUGGAUAUUUUCAAAUAAACAUGAGUCGGAUUUAUGAAAAUUUGGUUGAUUAACGUUUAAUGAUGUUUCCAAAUGUUUUAAGUAAUGCUUAAAACCACUCAUAAGCAACAUUUACGAUUCCGGUGCUGCGUGUGUGCGCGCGCGCGCGUGUGUGUGUUUGAGUGCGCGCCUGACGAGAAAAUAAAAAUAGACUGUCUGACAUCGCGGGGUGUCUAGACAUGUCUUCCAAGUGUGUGUGUGUGUGUGUGUGUGUGUGUGUGUGUGUGAUCAGAAAAUAUAGAUAGUCCGUUUGAUAACAGGGGGUGUCCAGACACGUUUAGUGUGUGUGUGUGUGUGUGUGUGUGCGUGCGCGCGUGCGCGCUUGCGCGUCAUCAGGGGUUGGGGUUUCGGCGCGCGCGCGCUUUCUCCCGACGCCUCGCGCUGCUGACCGGCUGAUCGCGGAGGAAACCUGUCACAUCGGCGUGACGAGUCAGUCAGCGGACGGACGGAGAACCGGCGAGAAUGGACGAGACGAGGGCGGGCUCGUGCACGAGGUAACUGAGGUGGGGCAAGUGGCACGUAACACUCCACCCCGCCUCCCCCUCAUCACCCCCACCCCCUCCAGUGCCUAUCAUUGGUCUUCUAUACCAUGAACUCUGGCUCUGCCCAGGAUGUGGCGGUGGAGCAUUUCCUGCGUGACAUAGAAAGGCGGGGCCAGCGGUUGCACUGCGCUGUGAUUGGCUGUGAGGAGGCGCCUCUCCGUGGCGACAUGAACCUGCUGUACCGCAAGAGUCGACUGGACUGGAGACACCGCGAUCAGGAGGGCAAGAAGAGCUGUAAAGAUGCCUCCUCGGCGACGGUAGGGAAGGUGCGUGACCUGGCAUCGUUCCGCCGGCAUUUCCGCAUGGGCUUCAUGACAAUGCCCGCUUCUCAGGACCUCUCGCCGCAUUCCUGCGCUGCCGCCAUGGCGCCACGCUCUCAGUCAUGCCAUGCCGUGGGCACCGGCGAGGGAGAGGGCCUCGAAAAUGGCGACGACCCCGACUCAGACGCUCAGAUGCCCUCUCUGACCGGACGAUGCCCCCCGGCUAAGCCCAAACGUCACCCGAGUACCCGCCUCAGCUCUACGCCGCAGCAGGAGCACCCGGUCCGUGGUGGGCACGCACCACCUGACGCCCCUCCUCCUCCGCCACCCCAGCACCCACCCAAACACCCUGAGAAGAAGAAUGCAAUGAAGAAAUCAGACUCCGGUGACUUACUGGGCAGGAAGGUGCCUCCCCAGAAGCCCAAACGGAGCCCGAGCACCCAACUGUCCUUUGAUGCUCCACCCCCUCGGCUUCCGCCCCCAGCUACACCUCUGCCAUUCCAGAGUGCUGAAAGCACCGGUGACGAUGAGCCGGUAUACAUUGAGAUGGUGGGCCAAGUGUUCACCCGAGAGACGCCCGGUGUGCCAACACCCUCAGCCACAACACCUGACUCCGACUCAGAUCCAGGCGAGGAGGCUAUCUAUGAGGAGAUGAAGUACCCAGUGGCUGAUGAUGCACACCAGCGACGCCUCCCACCCAAACACGAGCGUGCCAAGUCGUCAAAAUCCUACACGUCCUCCUCUGUCUCUUCUUCCUCCACAUCUUCUUCUCUCCCUCGGCCCUCGUCCUCCUCGCCCUCCUGCCCUUUGCCAUCUUCUAAGCAUAAAUCUGCCGUCUCCAUCUCUCACUCUUCGCCCUUACCUUCAUCUUCCUGCUCUGCCUCUUCCACACCUGUACCUCAGCCUCUCUCAUCCUCACCACACCCUCCUCGAGCCCCUACCCCCUUCCUCUUACCAGGCACCAAAUCAGAGUCAGAGAUUGGCUCCAGUAAGAUCCCAGCACCUUUCCCCAACUUGCUUCAGCACAAGCCACCUCUGUUGGCUUUCCCGCCCCCAAAGAGUGGCUCUGCCAAGCUGGGUUCCUCCAGCAGCCCAUCACCAGCCAGCCUGCCACCCACCAUUGGCACGUCUGCUUCAAAGGAAGCAACAGGUGGAGACAAGGAAAAGGAGAGGAAGGAAGGACCAGCGCCAGGCCUUCGAGCCCGGAGCCACUCGACACCUUUGCCUCCAUCCUCAAAAUCUUCCUCACCAUACUCACACCACCAUCACCAUCACCACCCACACCACCGGCCCUCACACUACCACCACUAUCGCAAACCUGAGAAAGAGUCAAGUAAGGCCUCACAGGGUACCUCGCAGUCCUCGACGCAAACUCAGACACAGGCCAAAGAGGGCAAGUCAGUAAGUUUUCUGCUGAAGUCAGACAAAGCUGAGAGGGAAAGGGAGCGAGAGAGAGAGAGAGACCGGGACCGAGAGAGGGAUCGAGACAGAGAGAGGGAUCGAGACAGAGAGAGAGACACGCCAGUCACACAGUCAUCCAGCCAGGUUGACAUGGCUGCCUCUACUGCUGCCACCACAACCACUAGCCUUCCUCCAGCGUCACUGUCUUCAUCCACGUCAUCAGGGACGCCGUCCACAUCCUCAGCGUCACAGAGGCCUCCAUCUCGCUCAUUUCACCGAUCACACACUCCUCACACACAUCUCCCUGCCUAUAAGCCCCCGCCUGCAGACAGCCCCCUGCUCUGGACAUACCCAUCCGCAGGAUUCCGUCGGCCUCCAGCCUAUGACAGCCUGCGUGCUGGCACACCAAUGCCCUCCCUGCAGCCAGAGAGUAGUACCAAGGCAGGGAGCACCCACGUCUCACAUGCCAAGGCUGGGUUCUUGCCCUGGGAUGCCAGCGGGUGUGGUCUCGGCUUCACUGAUGAUCAGGCGUAUUGGCCCAUGCACAGGAAGCUGUCCUUCAGCCAUGGCAGCAGAGAGACAGAGAAAGAAGAAGGCCAUGUGUGGAAUGGCAGUACUGAUGCUCUGUUAAGAAGAGACCGAGAGGACGCUGGGAGUAGUGGCCGGGCUGGAGGAGUUUCUGGGAUCCCUGUGCGGGCAUCGGGAAGAGUAGGGCACAGUGAGAGUCUAGCGGGGGCGGAUGGGCCGCCAGGCUUCAGGGUAAUGCCUCGCACAGGACUGCCCCUGCCAUGCCAGACCUUCCCUGCCUGCCGCAAUGGAGAGCUUGGCCGGCUCGGAAGGUCAUCCUCCACAUCUGGAGUGAGGCAGGCAGGAGGGGAUGUUCAGAGACAGAGUAGCCUACCGGCUAGAGAAGCUCUCAAUCAGUUGCACGCUCUCUCUCAGGCGCCCUGCAGCCCCUCUCUGGCUCGUGCUCAGGCUCAGACCUUGACUCAGGCUCAGGCUCAGUUCCACCUGCAGCAGCUUCAGCAGCACCACCUACAGUUGCAGUUCCAGCACCUGGCCCAGCUGGCAGUGCAGGCUCAGGCCAUGCCAGGCACAGGCAGCGCCACCGCCGGCACACCAGGCAGCACAGGCACAGCGGGCAUGGCCACCCAGCGCGACGGCAAGCUGCUGGAGGUGAUCGAGAGGAAGCGGUGCCUGUGCAAGGAGAUCAAAGCCCACCGGCGGCCAGAUAAGAGCCUGUGCAAACAGGACAGCAUGCCCAUCCUGCCCAGCUGGAGGAAAACGCCCGAGCCGCGUAAGACGGGCACGCCACCCUGCCAGAGACCGCAGGCCGUAGUGUGGGACACGGCUAUCUGACAAAGAGAGAGUUGGAGAGACUGAGAUACACUGAUGCGCCACUUUAUUAGGUACACCUAACUUGUGUCUACGUUCACUUCCCAUUUUAUCAAGUAAACCUACCAUGUAGGGGUGUAACGCAACGCGGCUACGUGUAUCUCUAAAUGUUUAGCGCUCCAAAUAUCUGUAUUCAGAUUUAAACUCAAAGCCGGCAUGGCUUUUUCCAAUUCUUUUUUCUUCUUUUUUUUUUUUUUUAGAUUAAAUAUAAAUAUUCAAUGUCAAUUCAAAGACAUGCACCUGCUAAGGAGAUAAUCCUGCAUGCGCGCUUCUUAUUUUUGCUCCCACCUCGCCGUGAUAUUUUCGAACAAACCGAAUUCAAGCCUAAUUCGAACCACUGCGGAUCUCGAUCUUGCAGCACCGGGUCACGAACGAGAACGCCGUGAAAUACCUUCAUCUUUUUUUUGCAUCCAUUUAGAACCCACCGCCUGUGCGUACUGAACGUUCGCGUUCGUGACUUUGUAAGAUAUACAGUUACUGACUGUAGCCCAUUUGUUGCUAUGCACCAAAACCCAACAACACUGCUGUGCCUAAUACACUUAACACGCCGCAUCACACACACAUCACCGCUGUCCUGAGAAGAUCCGCCACCCGAAUAAACAUCUUCUCGUUGGAUGUCCUAUGGACAGGACAGAGGGAGGCUGACACACUGAGCCAGAGAUCUGCUACAGUUAGUAACUUUAUUCCUACAAAAUGCCCCUAUAUGGUAUGUGCACAUGAUGAAAUGGCAAGUAAGUGUAAAUACAAGAUAGGUGUGCCUAAUAAAUUGGCAAAUGAGUGUACGUGUAAUAUCUGCAAGAGAGAAAGUCGGGACUGUUAAUAAGAUCGGACAGGCGAGGAACCUGCGAGUGUGGAAAAAAGACGGGUGUAUUAUAAAGAUGUAGAGUUCGUAUUGUAUACUUCGGGGGUUGGGGGGGCGGGGUUUCAUUUUGUUUUUUUGUUUUUUUUGGAGGGGGGGUGGUGGGGUGGGAGAGGGGGUUAUAAUAUCACAGCAUUUUAUGUGCCAUAUAAAGACAGUAUAUACAUAAACACACGAGAGAGACACAUUUCAGUCGGGACUCUCUUUUACCUACCAUGCCUCAUCGCGACUACUAAGAGAACUACACUGAGUUUACAACCUUUUAAAAAAAACACAACAAAAAAACAAACAAACAAACAAAAAAUAUAUAUAUAUAUAUAAACGUACCGGACUUCUUACACAAACGUUUGGAGCUCUCUAUACUAUGUUCUUGAACGGAUGGAGAAUUUCUCCAGAC